AUGUGUUGCUGCUCUGAAGACUGUAAAUGCAGGCCUCUUGGGUUUUUGUUAGGCCUCCCUUUUGCCUUCUUGUCUCUCCUAAUCUCCCUUGUAGGUGUGGUUAUUUGGAUCGUUGGGUUGCUUUUGACAUGCAUAUGCCCAUGUUGCCUUUGCGUGACCAUCAUAGUUGAGUUUGCUCUGGCUCUGAUCAAGGCUCCAAUUGUGGUUAUGGAGUGGUUCAUCUCCAAGAUUCCAUGUUAA